GGCUUGAUACUGAUUCAGUAGUAUCUCAGCAGUCAGUCAGCCGCACAAGCAAAGGGUUCCUCAGUGAGCAUCUUUCAUCUCAGCCUCCCGCUUGUUUUGCGUCUCUGUUAUGACCCUGUUCAGCCCAAGAUACACGAGCAUGAGUGGAGACCUCAAGUCAAGUCGCUCCAGGGCAGCAAGUAAACGGGCCAGCAACACCACUUAUGGCACCGAGUUUGACCUGGAUGACAGCUAUGAGGACUACUAUGACAGGGUGUACGACUACCAGCGUGUCCCUGCAUCUCUGUCCCCCCCGCCUUCAAUGGGGCCGAGUCUACCCAAACGAUCCCGAUCUUCUUCUUACUCCUCCAAGCACAGACGCAGUCGAGACAGAACCCACUCCAAAAGCUCCAGAGCCCACUCCACUAGUUCCACCAUAGCCAAGUUGGACAUGGAGGAGUUACAGGUGAUUAAAAAGGAGCUGACUCUGAUAAAGACACAGAUCGAUGGACUGCUUGACAGUCUUGACAGGAUGGACACACAGACGAGCGACCAUAAAGACUCUCCUUUGAGGGAAGAAAGUCCAGCUUGCUCACUGUACUCCGGCAGUCCAGAGCACUCUCUUUCUUCCCUCUCCCCACCCAGCUCUUGCCAUCGAAUCCACAAGGAAACCUCAGUACCAGGAGGGCCCAAUGAUAACCACCAUAUGAUAAACAUCCACAGCUCAGAUCCUGAAGAGGAAAUAUGAGUCUUGAAGAAAACAACAUGCAGAAGACAAGAAUGGAGCGACAAAUGUGAACAGCAAACGAUCAAGCCAAUAUUUUGAUUCCACUGGGAGUGCACAUAUUAAUCAACACUUAAUUUGACUUGUUCCUGGAACUGCAUUUUUGUGGGAGGAAAAAGUAACAACAACACAGAUUAAAUUAUACUACAAGAUGUUUUAAGAUGGACGAAGCAUAAAUCUACCCAGUAGUUGUGAAAGACAGUUGCGGGGCAGAAUCCUGCGCCCGUAUGUAUUCCUAUUGUGCUGUACCAGUGUAUUUGCAUGACUUCAAAGACUUGAGCAAUAAUCCAAAUAAAGUAUUGAACUUUUAAUCCAAAUGAGGAAUCGGAACCCUAUGCUGAGAACAUAAACACAAUCCGGUACUAAUUUUUGUUUAUCGCAAUCAUUGAAGGCUUCUUUUGAAUGAAGGUGGAAUGUGGGACAAGCUUGGUCAUUUAUGUGUUGCUAAAAGGACAAGAAUGUUUCCGCUGCCUCGUGAGGCUUUACUUGAGCAAAGAUAGAAAAAAAUGGUUUAUAAGGCUCCUUAGUUUAGACUUUACUUGUCCAUUUAUCAGAAUGAGUAAUACCGAAGUAUGUGCAGUUAAAACAAUGUGCCAACCACACAAACUUUAGAAUUUUCAGAAUUCAGUAUGAAGCCACUGUUUUGCAUAGAAACUAAUUCUGUUGCUCAACUCACACGCCAUACAUUUAAAGUAUCACACCUCAAUUAUAGAGAUUAGUCGGUCAUGGGGCAUUUACUUGACAAAGGGCAAUUCUCUUAUUCUUGAUGUAUUAGUAUACCAUUUUGGAGUCUUUUGAGUACUUUUAAAGAUUUAGGAAAGUGCUACGACUUUUUCCCGGCUUGACUUUGGCACAGAGUUGUGUCAAAAUGCUGUGACCCAGGUCAGUGUGUAUUACUGUGCAUUCUUGUAAACUUAACUGUAAGUGUUCAGCUGUCGAAUUCCACUUUUGCUUUAUUUUGUACAAAAAAAAUACAUGUAUACAAACGAUGUUAUUAUAAAUGAUAUGGUGUUUCAUGUUUUUGUCACCAUUCCUGAGACGAGCCAAGUGGAAAAUACUCAUUGUCACUAGUAAAGGUAUUUUCAUAUUGACAA